CACACGGAAGCGCUGUACUCGAGUAAAAAUAUGCUGUAACACCAGACAGGUCAUUCCAAGUUUCAAUGUAAUGGUGUUUGUUUUGAAUGAAUGAAUGAAUCGUGAAUCGCAUCGCUUUGUUCAUUUGAUCACAUGUAAAGAUGAGAACUGUGUGGAGUUUAAUCAUCUGCGCGCUCAUACUCUCACCGGUCCAUUGUUCGGAGUUUCUUGCCACUGUUAGGACACUUUUUGGAGACUUUGUGCAGUUUGGACAUGCUCCAGACAUGGUGAUGGAGAGAUGUAGUGUACAGGUGCAAUAUAACUGCUCUAUGGCCUGUAGAAUAGGGGUUGAAAUAGUUCUUUCCACCCCAACAAGAACUGGGGUGAUUGUAUUCAGAAAGACAUGGACUAAACACGAGCAUUUUGGAAAACCCAGAUCCAGGAAGGUUCUUCUGGUUUUUCCUCCAGCUGUUGUUUACCGGAGGGACUUUUUCUUCAGGAGGCCGGUGGAGGCACAUGAUGUGGUGCUCAGGGCCUGGAUACUUCACCUGGAUGAAGAGGAAAUUGGUGGUAAACGAGUUGGAGGAUUUAACCAAUCUCUUGUGAAAACUUCAAAAUAUUUGAGGACACUACCACCCUCUGAACGCCCAGCACGUCCAUGGACGAGAUCGGUGUCAUGGGGAUCUUGGUUGAUGUGGCAGCUGACUAAAGAUACGGUCAAAAAAUGUCUACAUGAGUCAGAUACUGUGGAUCUCUUGACUUUUCCAUUUGCGAGUACUGGUGAGAAAUACGGUGUCAUACACACAUUCUCCUCCUUCAAGAACAGAGAUCUGGAGAGAAGACGCACCCUUGCCAUCAAACAGCCAAGUGUGACUUUGUCAGUAUGGCUUUACCUGCUGAGCUGGUGCAACGAGUCACUGUGUGGUAUUUUCAAGCAUGUGAAUGAGCACAGGAAGUAUGGAAGCCCGCUCAUCAUGGUGUCUGACACAGGUGAUAUAGUGCUGCAGGUGUGUAUGGCAUCGGGCGAGGAACGGGCCUUCACGGCACACACAGCGUUACCACUCCACACCUGGAUCCGUCUGGACAUCUUCUUUAAGGUGUCAAAGACAAAGGUCACAGUGACAAAGGUUGGACCCACAGAAAAAACAGUGGAGACUACUCACUUAUUUGAUUUUCAUCAGCCAAUUCAAUACAAUGACACAUCAGGAUAUUUUGUGAUUGGUGGAUGCAGCUACAUGCAAGGCAUUCGUGGCUAUUUUGGACCAAUAAGAUACUAUCGCUUAGGCUCUGAAAAGGUGAUAAACCCCCUGUCCCCUGUUAGGACACUGAAAGAAUUGGACAGAGUCCACAGACACUGUGAGGAAAUGAGACAGGUGACUGAGAGCUACCGACAGGCUUUGAGACACAACCACAACUCUACAGAUGUUUGUGAGUCUUAUUAUGGAAGUCUGUGGAGGACGUUUGGCCAUAGGGAAUGCGCACAGACCUGGUCAUGGGACCAGCAAAGAAAAUUCAACAUCACUUUGAAACUUCUGGAGGACAACCAGGACUUCCUGACCGGUCUACAGGGAAGCAGCAAACUUUUGCUGCGUCUAAGCCAGAUGAUUUUCCAUGACGUGGUGAAGACAAUAUCUAAAGCAGAGGAAUCUGACCAGGGUCAGAAGCUCAUGUCCUCUGUUUUAGAGCUGCUUCAGGUGUCCUAUUGCUGGGGUCACCAUCACUCCUCUCUGCUGCUCGCUACACUACACCUGGCGGGCCUAGGCGUCCCUGUGGACCUCGAGCAGGGUCAUGUUUAUAGUCUGAUGGGCGGAGUCAGUGACAAUCGUCUCGCUCUGAUGCAUUUGGGAUACAAACACAUGCAGGGACUCGACGGUUUCCCCAAAGACCACAACACUGCAUAUGGAUACUACGCCAACAUUGGCAAACAAACCAGCAUUGACCAUGAUAAAGUACAUGACUCUGGGCAAACGCUCACAGAACACGUUCAUUUAAACAACGAUGAUGAGCUCCAGACUCAGACAGGAGAGUCCGGUGAUAUUGUGCAGUAUUUGAAACACCAAGCUGAAAGAGAAGAUGUAGAAUCUCAGAAAACUCUGGCCAGGAUGCUUCUGUGGGGCAGUAACGGGGUGGAGAAGGACAUCAGAGCAGCGAUGAUGUGGUAUGCCAGGAGUGCCCUGCAGAUGACUGAUCCAACCGCCAUGUACGACUACGCCAUUCUCCUCCUAAAGGGAACAGGAGUGAGGAAGAAUCAAACACUCGGCCUCGAGCUCCUGGAGAAAGCUGCCGACAUGGGUUCUGUAGAAGCUCUGAAUGGCCUCGGGUGGUACUACAGUACCAUAGUAAAAGAUGGAAAAAAGGCGAUCCAAUACUUUGAGCUGGCGGCUCAGAACGGCAGUCGUGACGGGCUCUUCAACGUGGGCGUGUACCAUCUAAAUGGUGCCAACCCUGAAAAACCAGACAGGAAUGAGACAGCUGCAUUUCACUACUUCCUGCGUGCAGCUCAGUUGGGUCACAUAGAGGGCGCUGUGGAGUCGGCAUUGUUUCUCUCCAGUGGAACCAUACAAGGAGUGAGGAGAGAUCAACAGAAAGCUGUGCUGCUGCUGAUGCGAGUCAGUGAGAUGAAUGGUCACCUGGGUUUCAUGGUGAGAGAAGCUCUCCAGACUUAUCAAAGAGGAUCAUGGGAUGAAGCGUUGGUGAAAUAUGCCAUGCUAGCAGAAACUGGUCUUGGUGUGGCACAACACAAUGCUGCUUAUCUGUGUGAGGUGUUAAACCACAAAUCACUCUGUCAGUGGAGGUAUCACAACUACUCCACAUUUAAUCACAUCCCACAGGAAGCUGGUUUGUUGAGGAUGGGAGAUAAUUACAGUGAUAUGGCUGAUAUGGUGAAGGCUAUUGACAUGUAUGGUACAGCAGCAGUGCACGGCAGUCCUCAGGGACUUUUUAAUCUGGCCAUGUUAAUUGAAGAGGGUUAUGAAGUUCCUCAGAACAUGCUAGAUCAGAUGUCAAUCUCAACAGCAGAGAAGAUGAACCGGAGCACUGUUGUGGAAAUGCUGUUAUCCAGAUGCAGAGAGUUUGAGGAGGGUGAAGUGACUCCGUGUGCUUUAGUCCUGUGGAGGAUUCAUCUAAUGCGAGCAUGGAGAGAAUUCACACACAGCUCUGUUCAGCUGCUGCUGGCCUGUGCCACUGUCACCACUCUCACUGUGUUUGUGUUUGCUGUGCUCUUACGAACGCUGCUGGCAGCGUUUUACUCUGGGCCAUCACUCUCAACCAACCAGUCGUUAGAGAUACAACGUGACCCAACACUAAAUGGUCAUCAGAUCAGGAGCAGUCCACUGGAGACCAGCACACAUCAGGGAUGGACACAACGGCCUACUGCAGCCCACAAUUGCCGUUCAUUACAGGAAACAGUGGAUUUAGUCGUCACAGUGACUGGAGUGUGUGCAUGCAUCAUAUUUACAAUGUUCAUUUCCCAUCUGCUUUGAAAAGAAAGGACAUAAUAUAGGGCAUUUCUUACACUCAUCACAAAAUGAACAGCAAUUAAUUAAUAGGUGUUUUAAUUCUGAAUAGGGCACUGAACAUCCCAGCCCUUACAGCACAAAAUAUAGGCUAUAUAUAUUAUAUAUAUAUAAAAAUGCCAAACAUAUUUUCAUAAAAUACAGUAUAUUGCUAAUAUCUAUUUUAAAAUAUGAAUAUAAAUUUAUUUUGAAUAUAUUUUAGUUGUUUAUUUUUAUUUGUAUAUAAAUAUUUUUUGGCCUCUUUUGUAUAUUUUAAAUCAAAAUAUAAAAAUAUUUCUGGAAUAUAUUUAAAACAAUACAUUUCCAUAAGAAUAGAAAAUGAGAAAUUUUCACAGUUUGUCUGGUCCCAUUGUCCCUAUUUUGCAUCUACAUUCACACACAUUUAUAUUUCAAUAUAAAAUUCAAAAACAUAUAUAUUUUUUUUUUUACAGUUUAUAUAAUGUUCUAAACUUAACAUGUCUUCAUACAUUGAGUUUUUGUUUUUCUUUUUUUUUCUUUGAAGUAACUAAAUAGUUUAUAUUGUGUUUACCUAAUAUUGUAUCUGCACCUCAUAUCCACCACCCUCUUCAAAUGUUUACACUUUAAGAGUGGAAACACAAACAUAAAAUGUAGAUAAACCAAAUUUGUUUUAGUCCACACGUUUGCAUUUCUUUCAAAAAUGUAUUUUCUUGCCCCAUGCAGAAGUACAUUUUGUAAGUAUAUUUUGAAAUUUAAAGGGCUAUAACAAAUCUAUUUUAAAUUUGGAAAGUAUAUUUUCUUCAACCAUACUGUUUACAACAUACAUUUAAAAAUUCUUCAAAUAUUGGGCUAUAUUGUGCCAAAUAAUAAUAAUAAUAAUAAUAAUAAAUUAAUAUAUAUAUAUAUAUAUAUAUAUAUAUAUAUAUAUAUACACACACUUUACAAUAAAGUUCCUUUUGUUAACAUUAGUUAAAGGGUUAGUUCACCCAAAACUCAGAAUCAGCUUUAUUACCAGGUAUGCUUACACAUACAAGGAAUUUGUCUUGGUGACAGGAGCUUCCAGUGCACAACAAUACAAAAAAGCAACAAGACAGAGAUAAUAAUACAAAAUAAUUAAAAAUAAAAUAAAAAUAGAAUAAAAAAUGUUUUAAUAGAAAAUAAAGUAUAUAUAGAAUACACAAUAAGACUAUAUAUAUACACUACUGGUCAAAAGUUUUGAAACACUUGACUGAAAUGUUUCUUAUGAUCUUAAAAAUCUUUUGAUCUGAAGGCGUAUGCUUAAACGUUUGAAAUUAGUUUUGUAGACAAAAAUAUGACUGUGCCACCAUAUUAAUUUAUUUCAUUAUAAAACUAAAAUUUAAUUUAAAAAAAAAGUUUUUGAAAUUGAUGACUUGGACCAAAUAAUAAAGAAAAGCAGUCAAUAAGUGCCCAACAUAGAUGAGAACUCCUUCAAUACAGUUUAAAAAGCAUCCCAGGGUGAUACCUCAAGAAGUUGGUUGAGAAAAUGUCAAGAGUACAUGUCUGCAAAUUCUAGGCAAAGGGUGACUACUUUGAAGAUGCUAAAAUAUAACACAGUUUUGAUUUAUUUGGGAUUUUGUUUAGUCACAACAUAAUUCCCAUAGUUCCAUUUAUGUUAUUCCAUAGUUUUGAUGACGUUACUAUUAUUCUAAAAUGUGAAGAAAAAAAUGAUAAUAAAGAAUAAGUGUUUCAAAACUUUUGACCGGCAGUGUGUGUGUGUAUGUAUAUAUAUAUAUACGCACACACACACAUAUACACACACAUACAUACAUAUUUAUACAUAUACACAUACGUAGUGCAAAUCUAAAUACAAAUCUGUUAUAUAAAGUGCAAGGGAAUGUAAUGGCAGAAGAGGUUGGAUGUGUUGGAUAAAUGUAAAAAGACUAAACUGUGAAUUGCACAUAAUUAUUGCCCAAUGGGGCAGUUUUAACUGUUCAUGAGAUGGAUAGCCUGAGAAAAUGAAAAUUCUUUCCUCAUUUACUCGUGUAUGACUUUCUUUCUUCUGCGG